UCUGAGCAUUCCUUAUUUAUUUAUUUAUUUAUUAGACCCAGUCUGUAGUUAAUUUUAGUUCCUGGGUCCUAUGAAUAUAUGGCAUUGUCUAAAGAAAUUUUGAGACUGCCUCUUGAUAACUGGCUCCUAAUAAUGAAAUCUUUGCAUAAUGAGAUGAUGGGUGGGGAAGGUUGAUUAUGACUGCUGCCUUCACUGAGAUCCAGACAAACUACAGAGAACCAUGUGACAAUGGUUCUCUUAGUCUGUGACACUGGGAUAGUCUGCUCUUGUGUCUAAAUAGUGCUGGGCCCAUAAAAUACAUUUCAGAAAAUUCUUAUUGAUUUUAAUUAAAUUUUAAUUAUACUAAAGAGAAUUCUAUCUUUGUUUUAUGAAACCAUUAUCACUAAAUAUCUAAGAAUCCUAACUCCCCCUUCAGUGAAUAAUUCCUUUAGAAAAGAGAAUUUUGGUGACCAAUCCAUAUUCCCAAGUUAGCCCAAAUAGCUUGAUAGCCAGUAUUGUAAUGUAAAAAUCUUUCCUUAUAUAGUUAAAUCCAUGCAUGAGUUACUUCCAUCAUCAUAGCUGUAAAUAGAAUUAUUAUUUUUUUCUUUUUUUUACUCUGAUAGACUUUCCAGAUUGGAGUAUCGACGGAAAGGAUGUUCAAAUAUCUCCGGAAAUAUUUUGCUAUACACCUUUUUGGACAUUCCCGACGGAGAGCAAGGCUUGUCUCCAAAGAUGGAAGGUGUAACAUAGAGUUUGGCAAUGUGGAAGCACAAUCAAGGCUUUUCUUCUUUGUGGAUAUCUGGACAACUGUGCUUGACCUCAAGUGGAGGUACAAAAUGACUAUUUUUAUCACUGUCUUCUUAGGUAGCUGGUUCCUCUUUGGCCUCCUAUGGUAUGCAGUAGCCUAUAUACAUAAAGAUCUUCCAGAGUUUCACCCAUCUAGCAACCAUACUCCAUGUGUGGAUAACAUUAAUGGUUUAACCUCAGCUUUCUUAUUUUCUCUAGAAACCCAAGUUACCAUUGGUUAUGGUUACAGAUGUGUGACAGAACAAUGUGGCACUGCUAUUUUUCUUCUCAUUUUCCAGUCCAUCCUUGGAGUUAUUAUCAACUCUUUCAUGUGUGGUGCCAUCUUAGCCAAGAUCUCUAGACCAAAGAAACGAGCUAAAACUAUCACCUUUAGUAAGAAUGCUGUUAUCAGCAAACGGGGUGGAAAGCUUUGUCUUCUGAUCCGGGUGGCUAACCUUAGGAAAAGCCUCUUGAUUGGCAGUCACAUCUAUGGCAAGCUAUUGAGGACCACAGUCACACCUGAAGGAGAGACCAUUAUUUUGGACCAGAUCAAUAUUAACUUUGUGGUUGACGCAGGCAAUGAAAACUUAUUUUUUAUUUCCCCAUUGACUAUCUAUCAUGUAAUUGACCAGAACAGCCCCUUCUUCCACAUGGCACCUGAAAACCUUCUCCAGCAAGAUUUUGAAUUGGUGGUGUUUCUAGAUGGAACAGUGGAGUCCACCAGUGCCACCUGUCAGGUCCGGACAUCCUACAUCCCUGAAGAAGUAUUAUGGGGCUAUCGUUUUGCCCCCAUAGUGUCCAAGACCAAGGAAGGGAAGUAUAGAGUGGAUUUCCAUAACUUCGGCAAGACAGUAGCAGUGGACACUCCACAUUGUGCCUUGUGCCUCUAUAAUGAGAAAGAUGCCAGAGCCAGGUUGAAGAAAGGCUAUGACAAUCCCAACUUUGUCCUGGCAGAAGUCAGUGAAACAGAUGAUACCAAAAUGUAGUGAUUACUACUUAGAAUAAGCAAAGCAAAAAUACCAUACUAACUUAGAAACACAAAGAAGCAAUCAGAAUUUUCAAGGACACUUAAGCAGGACAAGAACCUUCAAAGAAAGUUAAUGAGUACUAUUAUUCUUUGUAUUCUGUGGUCUUUCCUUACAGAACAUAGAACUAACAAUUUCAGGCAGUAGAAGUAUAUAGGAGAUUCUUUAUGCAACUGAAUUAGGACAUCAAACCAUCUGAAUGUAAGUUCCUUGAGAGCAGGAGCUACUUCAUUUUUGCCCCUGAGUUCCUAAGGGAACCUAAGGGAUAGCCUAAUGUAUUCACUUUCUUAACUUUCAGAGCUUGUUGUUGAAUUGAAGUGAUAUGAAUGUUUGAAGUAAGCAAAUUCCAAUGUCCCUCUCCCCAUCCCUUGCAAUGUGGGAGUUAUUUCUGGCAAUAUUGAUCAUUGGCAUAUAAAUGAUCAUAGGAAGGAGAGGAUCUAUCCAAAUUUUUACUUUGUGUUAAGCCAGAGUCAUUACAACAGAUCAUGUGUUACUCUUGAUAAAAUAAAGAAAACUGAAGAAUUGAAUUAUCUAUAUAAUUCAACAAGGGGGAAAAUAUACAACUUUAAGAGGCAAAAUAGAGAUAUUUUAUCUUGAUGAUUCAGUCUGGCUGUCUAUAUUGUCAUUAAUUAUUCCCUGUUGUUCUCUUUGAUUUUCAUGCCUUUUAUUAACAUGGAAUGCCCCAAUGAAAACUAGCCCCAAUAAAGCAUUGCAGGGAUCAGUAACUAAUAAUUAUGAAUUUAGAAAUAGAAGGGAUAAAGAUAUUUAGAGAUAGAAGAGUCCUCACAAGACAUCUUGUCUGCUCUCCUUGAUUUUUUACAAAAGGAAACUUGAGGCUCCAAGAGUUGAACUGAUUGAAAGGUCUCAGCAAAAGAAGUACUCAUUUUGGUUUUUUUUCCCCAAGAAACUUAAACAUGGUUCAUGAAUUAUUCACAAUGACAGGGAACACACAAAUAUCACUUUGAAAUCCAAAAAUAGGAUCUGAAAGAAUGAUUUUCCUUUUCCAUACCAUCACCCCUCAAAGAAAUUGUGAAUUUCUCAGGGUAGCUGUAUUCUCACUUGAUUCAGCUGAUGCUGUGAAUCAAGAAUCAUCUCUCUUGUAACAUUCUCUUCCAUCAAAUGAAACAUGGGCUCAACUAAAGGAGAGAACCCUGACUGCCAGAAAGAAGAGGAGGCUGUUGAACAAAGGGAGUAACUGUGCAACUAAACUAUACAGAUCCAACUUUAAAAAUAACUCUUGGGCUAUGGGCCAUACUUCCCACUCCUGGCUGUCAGUACCCAGAAAGGUCCAGCAAUUGCUUAACACAGAUGAGCCCUCUUCGGCUGUGUCUACCCACACCUAUAGUGCAGCAGAGAUCUGGAGACUAAAUCAUUUUUUGAAAGAACCAAACUCAAGCCUCAUGUUGAUUUUUGGCCAAUAUAACAGCUUAAAAUUUCUGUUUCAUGUUGUAUGUAUAGACAGACACAUCUUAAGUCAAUGAAUUGGAAACUGUAUCCAUACUUUCUUGCAAAGAUAAAUACUUGAUUUGAAAGCUGUGAUAACAUUUUCCCAAAAGACACCUAUAUUCUCCCUAUGUUGACAGGGAUUAUAAGUGAAAAUUCUGUUACACUGGAUAUGGUCUAUCUUCCUAAGAGAUCCAACAAGGAGUUUAAAGGUAUGAAACUAUACUUGAAAUAGAAACUCAAACAAAGACUCAAAAAAGGCUCAUUGGACUUGUCUGUUAGGGCUUAUUAUCAUCCAGCUUUUUCCAAAAGAGAAGUGAGAAUAAACAGGAGUGAAAUGUAGCAGUCAAGAAACUGACCAGUCUUCCAACUCUUUCUCCUAUCCCCUCCUCCUUCAGGUACUCAGGCUAUAGGACUGUACUGGAUUUUAUUCAAUUCCUGCUGCCAUUCUGAAUGUGAACUAUAGAAGAUAGUAUCUGUACCUAAUUCUAAGCAGGAAUUAAUUUUUGUCAGAGUGUUAAUUAAUAUAUAAAAUCUGUAAAUACUUAAUGCUUUUGUUUUCAAAAGCAAUACUUAUGGUUAGAGAAUAAACUUAUUUUAAAAAAAACAAUAAGCAGAUAGAAUGGUUUUUUUCCUUGGGGAGAGGUAGAUUUAUUUGGAGGUUAGGGAGGUAAUCAAAUAAAAUACACUUGUUGUCUGAGUGACUAAAGAAGAGAGAACUCCUGGAUUCAUUACCCUUAUACAUCAGUGCUACUCUACUGGACACUUACAAUCAUAGUCUUUGUAUAUAGGGUGGUGCCAUGGCACUCUUAUGAGAAAGGAAUGUGUCUUGUUUUUUAAGAAGUGAUGAAAUAUAUGGGUCAGUCCAUCUACAAACUUUGAUCUUUGUAACCCAAUAUGGCAUUAAAUGACUAGUAAUUAGUGUUUUCUGUGGAUGUGAAACAGAGAAGCAAAAUAUUUCACACAGGGACUGAAUUGCUGAUAAUUUAAAUUCAAUAUACAAUGAAGUACUGAUUUUGCUGGAGAACACUGGACAAAUGAACAAAAAUAGUCUUACCUUCAUCUUGGUCUAAUCACCUGAUCUAUUGUUUGAUCAGUCAGUCAAUAAACAUUUAUUAAGUAACUACACAUAAGUAACUUGACACUGUGUCAAGUAUUGUGUCAAGCACUGGGAAUACUCAAAGAAAAAAGAAAAAGGAAGACAAUUCCUAUCCUCAAGGAAUAUACUAGGGGAAGACAACAUACAAAAGAAGAGAUAUGGGGGCAGCUAGGUGGUACAGUGGAUAGAGUACCAGCCCUGAAGUCAGGAGAUCCUGAGUUCAAAUAUGACCUCAGACACUUAACACCAUCCUAGCCCUGUGACCUUGGGCAAGUCACUUAACCCCAAUUGCCUCAGUAAAAAGCAAAAAAGAGAGAGA